AUGUUGUUAAUACUUGUAUAAAUAAAACUCAUCUCUCUCAAAUUCAUUUUCAAUUGAAGCUCUCAAAAACUCACACAUUAUUACACCAAUCAAUCUCCACUCUCAUUUUGUCUCUCUUAUCUUAACAAAUUGUUGACAACACAAAACCAAAAAUCCAAAAAAUUUGGGCAACAAUGGAAGGAUAUGUUGACACAAGCAAGGCAGAAAAAGCAGUGUGGUUGAUGAAAUGCCCUGCUGUUGUUUCGCGCGCUCUUCAAUCUUCCUCCAUUCCUAACGAUCUUCCUGUCGCUAAAGUUACCGUUUCUAUCGACCCUCUUUGCUCUAAUACUGAUGCUUCCACCCAGUUCACCAUGGAAUUGUCUGGCACUGAUUUGGGAAAUGUGCCCAAGCGUUUCUCAAUGGAAAUGUCUACAGACAUUGUUCCAAUGUCUGUCUUUUCAGAGUCCCAAGGGAAGGUUUGUGUAGAAGGGAAAAUCUUUAACAAAUUUGAUAUGAGGCCUCACUAUGAUGCGAUUGAGAGCUAUGGGAAACUCUGUCGUGAGCGAACUGACAAAUCCAUGACCAAGACUAGACAGAUUCAGAUGAUUGGCAAUGACAGGCCCAUAGUACCUAUGCCAGGGUUCACACAUGUUCAGGAGAAGAGAAAAGUGGCUGUUAAAGGGUCAGAAACGAAAAGAACAAGGAGGGAUCGUGGAGAGAUGGAAGAGAUUAUGUUCAAACUUUUUGAACACCAACCCAACUGGACACUCAAAGAGUUGAUCCAGAAGACAGAUCAGCCUGAGCAAUUCAUGAAAGACAUACUGAAAGACCUUUGUGUGUAUAACAACAAGGGUGCGAACCAAGGGAGCUAUGAGCUGAAGCCAGAAUACAAGAGAUCCGUUGAAGGAUCAAGUGGUUCAUAGGGUAUUGAUUUCAUCAUUCUUCAUGAAAAACUAAGCUUCAGCUUCGGUUUUUUGCACAUAAUUGCUUCGAAAAUCCAACAAAAACAAAAAGUUCUAUUCCUAGCCGAUGCUGUCCUCUGCAUCUCCUUUCUCACUAAGUGAAUCUUCAAGUAAUUUUGUUUGCACAUAAUAUGUCACGGGAUAUUAAGUAAAAUUGAAACAUGAGAGAUUUUUGGGAAGUGACAAAUUUUGUAUGGUAUCAAGACGUUUAUUCUGUUUCUGAUAUUCUGAAGCCUGGAGUAUUUGAUGCUCCAUUUAAUUGUCUGAAAGUUUUAAUUCUUUGGCUUCUUAAACA